AUGACCUCGCAUCAGGGGCACACAGCGAAUGAUGGCGCUCGACAGCAUAAUGGCAAUGUCUACGGCAACAUGACCAACAACACAAACAACACCUUCCAUGCACCCUCUCGUACCCUUGAUGACGCGCAAAGGGACGGUCAGGCUCUUUUGAAAGCUUCGGGUGAUGGAAAGACUGAGCGAGUCGCGAUGCUGAUUGCAAACGGCGCAAAUCGAAACUACACUGAUGACCGCGGCUUCAGUGCUCUACACCAUGCCUGUUAUGGAGGUCAAGAGGAGACGGCUUGUUCUUUGAUAGAUGACCAUGGACUAGACGUCGAUGCAGUCAGCAAGAAUUAUGGCACACCUCUAUGUGUGGCUGCAGUAAAAGGCCACCGACAAGUUGUCGCCAUGCUAAUUGAGAAAGGAGCUUCAGUGCGAGCUCGUGGUGGACAUCUCGGCUCCGCUCUUCACGCUGCAUGUCACGCAGGUGAUGUAGAGAUGGUCGAGAUGCUAUUGAUGGGAGGCAUUUCUUUGGAGCUUACCUGCACUAUUCAGUGGUCGACUGGGGCGCCGCUACAAGUAGUGGAUCUGAACAACAUGCAGCCAACCGACUAUGGUACUCUAUCUGCGAUCAGGAUAGAUCAAUGCCGUCCUGUGCACAUCGCCGCCAUGAACGAACACAGCGAUGUGCUACAACUCUUGCUGUUCAACGGCGCAGAGCCGGACGCCAUUGCACGUGGGACGUACUCCUCUGAAGAAUCUGGAAAGUCGGACUCCUUCGCAUGUACAGCUUUAAGUUUUGCAGAAACAGUAGCUUGUCUUUCAGCGCUGCUCGACGCAGGCGCGGACAUUGACCAUCGAGACCACUCCGACGCUACCGCCAUGAUGUGUGCGGCGGCCGGCGGGAAUCUACCGGCCCUUAAACUUCUUAUUGAACGCGGCGCAUUUAUAGACGCUAGAAUGAAGUACUCAGACACUGCACUCCACCCGACGGCCAUGCGAGGCAAGACGGCGAGCAUYCGGUAUCUGUUGGCAAAAGGUGCUGAUGUAACUGCGAGGAAUGAGCAUGGAUUUGUCCCGGUCAUGUCCGCCAUCUUGACCGGUCGCAGGCAAUGUGUCGCCAUCUUCACCGAGUUUUGGAGACUUCAAAUCAACGCUGGGACCUCGAGUAGUCACUUUCGCGAUGAUUUUACCCGCGAGCGCCACAUACCUUUCGAUGCCAACGAGACCAUGUCAAUGCUGCAAGAUCUGCGAGUCAAUCUGGACGCACCUUUUCAACUCGUGGGCAAACGAUAUACUCCGCUGUGGUUUGCGAUUGAACGCCAGAUAGAGGAAGCCGUGGAAUUGUUAUUGGAUCUUGGAGCUAGUAUGAAGAAUGACCUGGGACAGAAAGCUCGCGAUUUUGCAUUGUCGUGUAAUAGAGCGACGCGUACUCAGGACUGGAAUUCUAUCAUUGCUGUCUUGGAUAGAUAUUCUUCUGGCAUGGGGGUAGGCGUGGCGGCUACGGAUCGAAGAGGUGCGGCUCCCCAGAUACAGGGUGAGGAUGUGUUGUUGAUGAUGUUAGCUAGGGGCCUCAAGAAAGUUCUUCGAUGA